AUGCUGUUGAGAAAUGCAUUGCGUCUUGCCCCUUUGAGGGCCCUUCCACGAAGACUGCCAAAUACCUGUCGCACAAGUUUGAUAUCAUCCUCGAGAGCCUGUUCUGCAUGCGCUACAGCAGGUACACCUCCCAAAGCCCCAGCUGAUCACCGUCAAUUGGGCGUACAGCAAGAGCUCUUCACCACCUCAAUAUAUAGCCCAGGGUCACCAAUCUUUUUGCCAAACGGCGCCAAAAUAUUCAAUCGCUUGGUCGAAUUCCUGCGAAAGCAAUAUGUCCGAUAUGGCUUCGAGGAGGUUAUUACUCCUACAAUCUAUAAGAAGGCGCUCUGGGCCAAGUCUGGCCACUUGGACAACUACGCAGAGGACAUGUUCACCGUGACAAGUACAUCUCCAUCGCGCAAGGAUACUACCGAGAACGGCGAGGAGGACGAAUACGGACUUAAACCGAUGAACUGUCCUGGCCACUGCCUGAUCUUUGCCUCACAGCGACGAAGCUAUCGAGACCUGCCGAUACGAUAUGCCGACUUCUCCCCGUUGCAUCGAAACGAGAUCUCGGGUGCUCUUAGCGGUCUGACUAGAGUUCGUCGCUUUCACCAGGACGAUGGUCACAUUUUCUGUCGGCCAUCACAGAUAGAGGAAGAAAUUAAGAAAACACUAGACUUUGUCCGAGUCGCGUACAAGGUGUUCAAAUUGGGACCAUACAGAUUGGCUUUGUCCACGAGGCCCGCGGACCAUUUUAUCGGCGCAGUAGAAGACUGGGAAAGGGCUGAGAAUGCUCUUAAGAGGGCUCUCGAUGCUUCCGGACUGGAAUGGGGCAUCAAUGAGGGAGACGGCGCAUUCUACGGCCCAAAGAUUGACAUCAUCUUGAGAGAUUCCGAUGGCAAGGAACAUCAAACAGCCACCAUACAGCUCGACUUUCAACUCCCGAAACGCUUUGAGCUUGAAUACCAAGCCCCUGCACCGCAGCUGGAACAAAAGGGAGAGAGCACAACAGAUGCCGCCAGACUGGCCGAGUCAGGCCCCGUUACACCCGUUCUUAUUCACAGGGCCGUGCUUGGUUCAGUGGAGAGGUUGAUGGCGUUGCUGAUUGAGCACUACAAUGGCAAAUGGCCAUUCUGGUUGAACCCACGACAGGUCAUGAUUCUGGUAGUAAACGAUAGCCAGCCAGUUCUUGAUCUAGCUUAUUCUACCCGAGAUAUCUUGUUGGGCAUCUCUGGCUCAGAGGUGGAGAUGGCUGAUGAUGAACCGGUUUCCAAUGCAACGAAACUUUCGGUUGAUGUUGACGACAGAAAGAUUAGUAUCGGUGCCAAGGUGCGCGAGGCCAAAGCCAAGGGCUACGGGGUCAUUGUCACUGUCGGCCCGCGACAAGUACCCAAAGGCACCGUUACCGUCGACACGACUGCCAUUUCUCGCAACGAAAGCAGCGGUAGCAAGCAGGAAGAAUUGUCACCCACCGAAUUACUUGAUCUAUUGAUGGCUAAGAUCGAGGCGUACGAAUAA